UUUUCGAUACUGACCAAAAGAGACGUGCAGAUCGGAAGAGAUCGGGCAAGGCAGCAUAGAACGGCGGUGUUUGACGCCGGCACCCCCGAUAUCCAACAUGUAUAUAAAGCGCACCGCUCAAGCCUAAGGAAGGUAUCCCUCGCCUUAGAAGACGAGCCCUCGCAUUCUCAAAACAACCUCUAAAACUCGUCCACCCGAGACAAAUCAACGAUGUCCCACUCCACCACAGCCUUCCUCUUCGUCCCCGGCGCCUGGUGCCCCUCCACCUACUACUCCAAAGUAGUCUCCCUCCUCACGGCGCAGGGCUACACCGCGUUCGCCUUCAACCUGCCCUCGUGCGGCAAAAAGGACACGGUCCCCACCUUCGCGGAUGACGUCACUCACAUCCGCUCGCACGCUACUUCCCUCCUCGACGCCGGCAAAGAUGUCGUCAUCGUCGGGAACUCGUACGGCGGCUUCGUCACGCUCGAAUCGUGCAAGGGGCUCGCGAAGAAAGACCGCGAGGCGGACGGCAAGACCGGUGGAACGCUGAAAGGUAUAAUACUCAUUGGAUCGUUCCUCGCCGAGGUAGGCAACACGAUGAAAGAGCUCACCGCGGGCCACGUGCCACUCCCGCCCGAUCUGUCCGACCCGUGGAUCGAGCCCGUGCCCGGCGACGCGGGUUACCGGUUCUUGUGCGGUUCGCUGCCGGAGGAAGAAGGCUUGAAGUGGGGUAAUAUGGUGCGCGCGCAGUGCGUGGCGCCGUUCGUGGAGCCCCUGACUUAUGCGGCGUACGAGGAGGUGCCGACGACGAUGGUUAUUGGGGGGAAGGAUGUGGCGCUGCCGCCGGAUGUGCAGCAUGAGAGUUUUAGGAAGGCGGAGGAGAGGGGGGCGAAGGGUCUGAGGAAGGUGGUGAUUGAGGGGGCGGAUCAUUGUGCUAUGUUGAAUAGUCCGGAGGAGGUUGCGCGGGUUUGUGUUGAGGCGGCAGAGUGAGGUUACUGGAGGGGAUCCUGAUGGGUUCGGACUUUUAGCAUGCCUAUGCUACCUCGCAUUGGAGGCCGCUCCAGUCACCUUGAAGAAAUGCAGUCAUAGUCCUCUAGC